AUGUCUUCCUCUGUUCGGAGCGUCCAGGCUGCCAUUCAGGCUCUUAAAAAAGCUGCCGCUAAAGGGAAGACGAAGAAGUCUGUCCUUGAAAACAUUGAUAACCUUUCGACUUCUACAGUGUUACUUAAUUCAUCGUCUCCUUCUUCUCAGUCUUUCGAGAAACUCAUAUCUGUUUUUCGUGCACCACUUAUCCCUCUCUACUUAAAUUAUACGGAACUCUCGCUUAACGUCGCUUCUGCUGUUUUGAAAACGGUUCUUAAUAAUAGCGUAUGUUCCUUCCCUUCAGGGAACAUCGAUCAUGAUAAGGAGAAACAGAGCGGCUGGGAGCAAGUAGCGCACUCUUUAUUGUCCGGUGUCAUAGAUUUUCUUGAGAACGAUGGCACCGACAAAUCGAAAUCGAGAGUUGCCAAAGCAUUUUUUGGAAUAAUCUGCGAAUUCUUCUUCAAGGGAUAUUCGGCCGAAGGUGAUAUUGGUGGCAAGCUUCGCUUCACUGCGUACACACUGUUGUCAGAAGCAUCGACCCUUCACCACGAUAACCAGAGCAAGUUACGCGAUCCGAAACUCCUUGGGCCGCGAGCCCUUGGCGAAGCUAUUCUAAAGACCCGAGGUAAAGAGACCCUUCUUAACUUAUUCGCCAUUCUGCUUCCUUCGGCAUCCGUAGGACGGGAUGAACGACACGCUUUUAUCCAAGACGUGUUCACCACUUGUGGUGAAACGGUCUCUGAUCUCCUUGAAGGAGCACAGACUGGGGAGUGGGAUGAAACGUCAACGAAAGUUGUUGAUAUCCUGGCAGCCUCGGACAUCAGCUUUCCUCAACCCUUUGAUGUCGGCGAAGUCAUUGUAUGCGGUAACAAAUACCCUCAGCCAGAGAUUUCCGAUAGGUUUUAUGUCGACAAGACGUCAUUUCUCGUAAACGUUCGCCAAGAGGACGACAUGUAUGAAGAAAUGCAAAUCCCGUACGCUGAAGUACAAGACAUUAAGACAAUAUCUCUCGGAGACAAGUCAACUCGCGUUUCUGUGCUCUUGAAGACAGCCCCAAAAAUAGGUGAUCAAGUCAUUUCGACACAUCGAGAACCGCUUAUUCUCCUUGUCGAAAUACUUAACAAGGACUUGUCCCGGUUCAAGGAAGCACUUCUUCAUAGAAAACUAGAGAAGGAUCUUGAAGGAAGAAAACAAUCGCGAGUCUCCGUAUCAGCCAGCUUGGACCUCGACGAAGAUACCGUGCGACGCCAACGUAACACACAGUCGCCUUCACAGAAUGCUAAGAAUAUAGAAAGCUUCUAUGACACGGACAUCUUGCAGUCACUAUCUGACAAAGCAAAGUGCAGAACGACUGCUGUCAUAACGGAUGGCAAACUCCCUAGGAAUAAGAGAGUAGCGAAGGCAGGCCCCAAGGAAGCAGAGGACUCUGUCCGUCAGGCUACAGCACCGAUACUUGACGCUUCACGUAUUGCAGAAACAGGCGAAGAGCUGUCUGAAAUUGAUAUGGACAAGCCAGGGAACGUUUCCGUUAAGGCAAGGACUGCAAGGGAUAAGAAGGAAGACGAAGGGCGUCAUGAGACCACGCACGAACCUUCUAAGUCCAUCGUACUCCCAAAGGGCGAAACUGCAUUGAAGAUAAAAAAGAAAGUCCGAAGAGGCAAGGAGGCUAAGGAACGCACCCAGAUAUGCUUGGAUUCGGACGCAGAGGUAUCCCUUAACCCAGAGAUUGAACCGGAGCGGAAGAACACGAUUGAAGUUCCUCGGGAAAAUGUUGAAGAAUUCGCCUUGGAAACUGAUGCGCCCCGUCACAAUAGGGAUCCCGCAUCUCGGAAAACGGACCAGAAAUCCGGUACGGCUAGAUCUACAGAGGAUCCCUCAGUUCGACCCCGGCGCGCUGCCGCUGCUCUUGCAUCGGCGAGACUCGCCAAGAAAAUCGACAAUAGUGACAAUCUUGAUGUCAUCGAUGUGCGUCAGACGAACGAUGACUCUUCAGUUAUUUUCAAUAGUGAGGGUAAGCCCCGAGAUAUUACGCGGGAUAGGGAAAAACGUGGUGUAAAGGCUCUGGAACCUGCUGCAAAAUUGAAGACCCAGUCAACUAUGCCUGCUGUUAGGCCUCCUUCACCUCUUCAAGCCGCUAUGCCUCGCUCGUCCUCUCCACUCUCAAAGAUCUCGAGGAUGAAAGCAAAGAAGACAGUCACUGACCUGAGGCCAACAAACGCGAAAGGUCAAAAACGAACUUCUGACGACGUUUUCUCUGUAGACGUUCAGGAAGCUGCCCCACCAAAGAAAUCCCGCAUUGAUGUCGAAAUUGAUACUGGAAACAAGAAGAAUGCUCGCUCCCGACCUCCACCAACAUAUACUCAUCGUGGGAGAAAGGCCAAAGGGCCACCUGUCCGAGAAGAAUCACCAGUUGAUUGGGAUCGAUUGCCAAAGCAAGCUUCAACUACGGUCAAGAAUAGGCAGCCGGAGUCGCCUGAGCCCGCUGCUCCGCCUCGAGACACUAAUCGAGGGAAGAGGGCAGUCAAAAAGGAAAACAUCGUGAUGCCGAAAGGAAAGACGACUGGAGCGCAGACAACCAAACAGUCAACCAAAGUAUCUGAAAACGAGUCGCGUCCCCGUAUUCCACUACAGACGGUCGAUCAAAUCUCGAAUGAGGCUUUGGAAGAGACGAAGCACAUUCAUCUAGACCAGAGUGUGCCACGGCGUGAUCCUGCUGGCAUGCUCACAAAGUGCUGGCCUGCCAAUACAAUCACCUCUAACGAGAAUACCAAAACGAUUAACUUCCCGUCACUUUCAGAAGUACUUCUCGGGGGUGCUGUCGUAAAGGAGAGUGAAGCUAAACCGAGGAAGACGAUAGAGGUCGACCGAGAGGCCUUCUCCGACGAUAACGAUGGUGACAAUGUAGAGACCGAAUUUAACUUACAGCAGCACGAUACACCUCCCAGUUUCGCUCAUGGUUCCGAAUCUAACGACGGUCUCGUUAAUCAGAGCGAUGUUGAAGAUGAUGAAAUCACCAAGCGUCACGGGGCUCCGCACACUCCUCCGCUACCGCAAGCUAAGUCGCACUCUCCUGUUAUCGAAGCCGUCGUCCAUAGACGACCGAAAGAAAUAACUGCUCUGGAUGACGAACCAAUCGACCUCACUGACGAUGACAUCAAAGAAGCUCUUCGAAGUCUUCGCUUGCGUCGAACUGAGAAAGCGCAGGAGCUUCAAAAAGCUAGCCGUCCCCAAAAAUCAAUCCAUAAAAGCCUGGUUACAGUUGUCGACCAGGAAUCCUCUGACGAAGAUAGAGCACAAGCGGAGGUUUUGUCGCACCCCAGAGUCAAAUUCGAUGAAAGACUCAGGUAUAAAUUGGAUCCCCUAGAAAAUCCAUCUGCCCGUGGACCCACCGCAUCUCGCGUCACACUACCUGGGAAAAAGCCUCGUGUCACCAACGGCAAACCUGCAUCUCGGAACGGAAACGCAGUAACUAGCCGUGAAAGUCAGGAAAAUCAACCGAAGGAGCCUGGUAUGGCAGAGAUAAUUAACGUGCUCGACAGGAUACAAAAUGUCAUCGUAUCCAAUAUAUCGAACAAAUCACGCGCGGUCAGAAGCGACAUUCGAGCUGCUAGAGAUCGCAUUUUACAAGAAGCAGCCACUGACUUGCAGGAGAUGAGAGAGGAAAGCAUCGGUCACUACAAUAACUUACUGGUGCUGGAAAACGAGUACGCGAACAUAGGUCGCAAGCUGAACGCUGGGUUUGAUGCUUUGACCAACGUCAAUUCUGAUAUCUGCCAGUUCAUCCAACAAUCCAUCAAUGCCCACAAUCGAGGUUCACUGCUGAGGAAGAUGCCGCAAUCUUUAUUCGGCUCUGCUUUGCCCCAGUCUUUUCUGCAAUUCAACUAGUUCCGUGUGUAUCUCUGCUGCAUGAGUCUGCGCCGGACAAGUCUGUGCUUUUCUUGAUGCUCGCUUUGGACCGCUGAGAAUUUCGCGACUG